CUUGACGCUAUCGGGUCUCCUCUCCCACUCUGCGGUUCCUGAUCGCUGUCAUCAUGCAGGUGGAAUCUGCGCAGUGUGGCUCAGCGUACAGAUCCCAAACACCAGCCUCACCGAGCUGCAGCUCAGGACUCGGGACUCCGGAGAUCAGACUGCAUUUACAGCUGUAAAGGAACCAAUCAAGGAGGGGAAAGCAACAAAUUGGAUUUUCCCCCUCCGCUUUCACUUGAUGACCAUCAGCAGUUUAGAUACAGAGGCUUCAUCAAUUUAACACAACAUGAUGACUGAGUUAAAAUAACCCACAUAUCGAGGAUUUCUCUCUGUAUCAUACUGCUGGAAUAAGCUCACACUGCUGUGUUGAUACUGUCAAACAGUUUUCCUUGCCUGGCGCAGUCCAACUCAGCAGCAGUCGCAUAGGAUGCCAUACAAGCCUGUAGGAAGUGACUCUCGCAGCUUGACAGGGAACAAUAUCCGAGGAACCCGAAGGACGUAAUCUUUGUCCUGCGGAUCUUAUCGGUGUAAAAACACUCAUGGCGAUGGACGAAGGUACUGUCAGCGAGAGCAUCCCAGACCUCAAAGACAUAGAGGCGAAAAUCGGCCGGAAGACCCCCGAGGGUUUGCUCAGGUGGAUGCGGGAAGAGUCGUCCUCUCUCCGGGCAGACGCCAAGCUGGCCCUCGCGCACGACACCGGUAAAGAGACCGGGAUGAAGAGUUUGGAUGAAAAGAUAAGAAAACUGAAGAUGGAGAUGGCUCACUUGCGCUCGGUGGACGUUAAGAUCCUGCAACAGCUGCUGGCGGUGCACGAGGGCAUCGAAGCAGUGAAAUGGCUGUUUGAGGAGCGCAGCACACUGACCAGCCGCUGCAGCAGCCUAACCAGCAGUCAGUACAGCCUGGGGGAGGGACCCGACACCUCUUGGAGAGGCUCCUGGAGCAGCUUGCAGGACCCCAAUGACAAGCUAGACAACAUCUCCAUUGGCAGCUACCUGGACACGCUGGCAGACGACAUGGAUGAGUACUGCCCUUCCAGCUCUGAAUCCGUCAUCUGCUCCACCACACCUCUAGUUUCAGAGGCUACUGCUGGGGGCCGCAUGGUGGGAGGCUCCGUGGCCACAGCCACUGCAGCGGUGUCAGGGCCCGUGUUAGGCCUGAAGUCCGGGUCUAGUGCUGUGGGAAGUGAGAAUGGUACUGGGGUUGGAAUUAUUCCAGAAGUGAAAAGUGGACCUGGGACUGUUGCCAUUGGGAAGGGAACUAGAGGAACUGAAAGUGGGAAGCGAGCAGCUCCCGGCAGCUCUCCACAAGCCAAGUCUGAGGGCCUCAAGCAAGGUGCUCCUAUCUGGACCAAGACUGCAGAGACAGAUAAGGGAAGCCCCAUGUUUAAGGUCAGUACUCCAACGCAAGGCCUUAAAGCUAAUGGUGUCCUGGAGAAAUCAACCACACAAAGAGGCAGCCCGACCCGCACCUGUCUCAGUGAGAAACUGGCAACCAGCCAGAGCCCCAAAGCUAAACCUUACAAAAAUGGAAAGAUUGACUUGGACACGUGCAAAAUGAAUGGCAAAAUGCAUCUGGAGUACGACGCCCACUGGCGCUGGGUGCAGUCGCAAGAAGAUGUGACGUUUUUGUAAGAAGAAUAAUCACAGAGAGGGACUAAAGCCACUAUUGAACACUCCCUCUGCAACAUCAAAACCCAGAUCACUGAAGAUUAAAAGAAGAGUGCACUGAUGUUGUGAAAGGCACAUAAUGGGGCUUUCCCCGGUGAAAGACACUGGGUAUGAGAGACAAUUACCUGUUUCUUCUUUUGUUCCUUCCUGUAACUGCACUAACUUCCUAUAAAACAUUGAUGUCAGUAUUAAGGGAUUUUGGACCAUAUAUAGCCAAACAGGGGUGCCUCACAAAAUCAACUUUAAAAUCCUGUGUCACAGAUUUUCCUCAGGGUCUUUUUAACAAUCCCUGAUAUUAUUUCAGUUUCUUUUCUUUUACGUUAUUUUGUUUGCCUGAAAAAUAAAGC